GAGAUUUUUCCCUAUUUCCUUGUAUUUCAGGGACAGAUAUUUGAAACCUACAAUAUGGCUGCCUUAUGGAAGCUGCCCUGUAUCUUUAUUUGUGAAAAUAACAGAUACGGCAUGGGGACCUCUGUGGAGAGAGCAGCAGCAAGCACAGACUAUUACAAACGAGGAGACUACAUCCCAGGUCUUCGAGUUGAUGGUAUGGAUGUUCUGUGUGUUCGAGAAGCCACUAAGUUUGCAGCUGAUCACUGCAGAUCUGGAAAGGGUCCAAUUUUAAUGGAGCUUCAGACUUACCGUUAUCAUGGACACAGCAUGAGCGAUCCUGGUGUAAGUUAUCGUACCAGAGAGGAAAUUCAGGAAGUAAGAAGUAAAAGUGAUCCGAUCACCCUUCUCAAGGACAGAAUGUUAAACAACAACCUGUCUAAUGUGGAGGAAUUAAAGGAAAUUGAUGUGGAAGUACGGAAAGAGAUUGAGGAAGCUGCUCAGUUUGCUACCACCGACCCUGAACCUCCACUAGAAGAAAUUGCCAAUCACAUUUAUCGCAAUGAUCCCACAUUUGAUGUCAGAGGAGCAAAUCUCUGGAUCAAAUACAAAUCCGCCAGCUAAAUCUCUUCAGUCCUCCUCUGGUCAAUGUUACCUGUUACUUUAAGGGCAUUUUAAUGGGUGCUGGGUUAUGUUUACUCCUCACUGCUGGGUUGAAGACGCACUGCAAUUCUUCAUGUCCCACCAGUAACAUCAUCCACUUUAGACUUUGUUUUAAUACAUAAGGACUUGGCAUGUGUAUGGAUAAGAAGAAAAUGCCUUAAUGUUUUCAGACCGAAAGCAGAUCUGCAUCCAUUUUAGUUCAGUGUAAUCAUUAGAGAGAACUCGUGCUUCAGGAGACCCCCUUUUCUUCCAUGGUUUUCUUUCUGAUUCUGGCUGGGCAAAGUUCUCUUAUAAUGUAAGUUAGAAGCUCUGCCUUCUUCAGAUGAAAUGUUAUAUAUUUAUAGGAUCCUGAACUUAAAGUCUUGCCAUUUAUACAUGUGCUGAAACAUUUAUUAGUCCGUUUCAUUAAAACUGACCUCAACACAAUGAUUGCUUUGUAUUUUUCUUAGCUCCUAAUAAACGUCAUCAGCAAUACUUUAAGCUCCGUCUCUGAUCUAACAAGUACUUGCGCCCAGGGAAAGCAGAGUUCUGUUCAGUAUGAUGGCUUGAAGAUCUGGAACAUGGAGCAAAGCACUGGAAGUGAAGGCAAGCCUUGUCCUUGAUUCCUCCCAUAGAUCAGGCCGUAAUCACAGGGCCCUGUUGUGGCCCUAUAGCAAUUUGUACAGAGCGUAAUAUCAAUUACAACUUUUAUUUGCACUUUG